AUGGGAGGUGUAAAGAGUCGUUUUAAAAGACAGCGAAGUUCUGUUAAGUCCAAAAGGAAGAGUAUCCAUAGCCAGAAGGAAGAAGAAACGUCUGGUCCGAAAGUUGUACUGUUUACGGGCUAUUCACACAAAAUGAAUCUUUCGUUUGCCCUUCACCUGGCGGAAGACCCUCUUGGCAAAUUUAAAGUGCUUGUUACAAUGCCGUCCUUGGCUAGCAGCGAAUACUUGGCUGAUUCAAGAGUUUUAAAUCUUCUGAACAAGACCCUGUUUGUCCUUCAAAUGGACGUCGAUUCGGAUGAAUCGGUCAAAGGGGUUCUCCGAGAGAUCAUGGAAAACGACGGAUUCAUAGAUGCCGUGGGUGAGUUUUUAAAAUAUUGUACAUUCGGAAGGCUCUUAUUUUCGCGCGCGCGAUUUUUUCCCGUGUGCUUGCAAAAUCGAAUUUCAUUUAUAUGCCCUUGGUAGAUAAAUAAAGAGUCUUGUUGUUACAACUAAAUUGCAUGAGGUAAUUAACUGCAUGCAGUAUUAAAGUUGCUGGGAAAUUGUUUCCAUUUUUGUCUGACAGCAGUUUGACUUCUCCAACUCGGAUUUUCCAUUCGCCAGUGGAACAAUCUACUUCCUCAUUGCUGCAUUUCGAUCAAGUUAUUCUCCAGGUUCUAGUUAUUUGUUUUUCGUUCCAUUUCUUUUAGUCUCGGCAGCAAGAUAGGAAAACAUAAGGCAGACAAAAUAUUUUCGGCACGCAUUCAACCAGAAAGUCAGAUUACAUUCUUUAGUUUCCGGCUGAUGAAUUGUUCAGAAGCCGUUUAUAAAAUCAUGCAAAAUUGAAAAAUUUAUUUUAAAGUGGUGAUUGAACUCAAAUUUACUCACCAAAUCGCGGUUUCACCUAUUCAGUUAGAGAGCUCAACGCAUUUAUAUUUAAAAAGAAUUAUUUCUGAAUUAUUUACAAUGUGUAAUCUGUUAAUCUGGGUCAUUAGGGCGAGGUCACGCAAAAACAGCCUCGUUUCCGUUCCGAUUCGAUCUCCCGCGCACGUUUUCGUUUUCGCGACAUUUGUUUGGCCGGUGUUUUUAUUUUUCGGAUAUGUCAAUAAACAGUGUUUCCACACGUGAUUUGAAGGUAAUUUUUCAAAGCUAUUCAAAUUAGUGACGUUUGUAAGCAACUUUCAAUGCUUUGACAAAUUUUGCGGUUAACUGAGCCCCUGUUUGAUUUUCAUACGCUCGCCGCUACACCUCUUCGAACCCCUCAUAACUGUCGUAAUGAUCGGUAAAGCCCGAUUUAGGUCAUUCACUUAGAAUGAGAAUCAUACAGCACGUAAUAAUGUAUAGUGUCGAUGGACUACUGUGUCUCUAACUCUAAAAUUUUGUCGUUUUAUUACUUCAAUGAUUCGCUUUUGAAUUCAAGUUAGAGUACCGGGUAUUAACAGUAGGAUUACAGAUGUCAUUAAGGAGUAUUUUGCGGUUUUUUGGUGAAUUUUUAAGACUAGGCCAUGAUUUUAACAAUUUUAAAGGCUUGCAAUAUUGAUUCAUUGCUUACUUCAACUCUUUCUUGUCAUUUUUUUUUCUUCCACACGGAAACUAUACCAAUGUUGUGCAAAUAACAAAUUGAGUCAUCAGAUUCCUUUUGAAAUUAAAAUCCCAUUUGUCUGUAAAAAAUGGGUUCUCUCUUCUUUUUUCUAUUUUCAGUGUUAGCGUCAAAUGUCCUUCUAAAUGGCCAGCUAGAAACACAUACCGUCGACCAAGCAAAGACGAUAUUUGAUGUGAACACUUUUUCGGUCAUAAAACUUGUUCAAGCUGUUCUACCUUUAAUGAAAAAGCAGCGGGAUGGCCGCCUCAUUAUCAUGAGUAACCAGGCUGGAAUUCAAGGCAUUCCUUUCCACGGAAUCUACAGUGCCUCCAAGUUUGCAGUAGAAGGAUUUAUGGAGUGUAUUGCACCAGAAUGUUUGGCGUUUAACAUCUAGUAAGUGACCGCAUUUCUCAGUUAUAGGCAGUUUCUACCCACGGAGACCCCUGAACCGUUUCUCGAACUUUCUGGUAACUGAAUCGAAAUACAGGUCUCGGUAUUUCAGUUACCAAGGCUUUAGGGAGCAUAAAUAUUAAGGGCGGCGAAGGGUACAAAAAUUAACGUCACUUUAAAAGAAAACUCGCCCUGCUUCAAGCUUUAUUGCACUUAUCUCAUCUCGUUCAAUUCGUCAAAUGUUGCCAACUGAUUUUUCUGGAGUUUAGUUCUAAAAGACUGUAUCAGACUGUUCAGGAAAAGAAAAAGAAAGUCGUUCUCUUGUGUUUACGUCCCCGACAAAACGUGAAAUUAGUCAUUUUAACGUCGUAGUCGUGCAGUGGCGGCAAAGAAAUGUACAAAAACGCGUGAUGCACGUGCAGAGUUGUUAAUUUGCCAAUCUAAACCUAUUGCUUUCACCCGUUCUCGUUGCCGUCGCCGUGUCGUCGUUGCUUAAGCUCCCUAUAGCUCCCCAGGGAAGAGGAUGGUCGCGGGGAGCUGUUCAAUCUUUGCUAACCUGGUACAUUAAAAAUGAGUCUUUUGAAAGUCUUUUGAUAGAUUUGAAAGCAACAGAACAACUUAUACCUUAAACAAUUUAGUUUUUUGUGAGCUAGCAACAGCUAGCACUCAUUCUAAGUUUGAUUUCGAGCCCGAAAAUUAAAGGUAACGGGGCUUUCGAAAACGCCCCCUUGACCGGCGCUUAUUAUUAUUCGGUAUAGUUUAUAUAAGGGAGAACGGGAAAUCCGUUGAGCAACUAAUCCUAACCGGCCAGUUUAGGAAGCAUUUUGAUUUCCUGCUUCUGACAUUUGAACUUUUGGCCAAUCAGAACAACCGAAUUGAAAUGUUUCUGGGGGUGUUUCGAACGGUAAGUGCAUUGAGGCUCUCGCUGAUGAAUAUCCCGUUCGUGGACCCCAUCUAGCUUCCUGUCGGACAAGUCGGGUUAGAUACACUCAUUUUGUGACCUCAUAACCGCGUUUUCAUGUUCUUUGCCUACGUUAUAAUAAUGAAGUACCUUCUGAAUGAGAGAGAUAGUUUUGAGCCGAGUUGAUCAAAAGAUUAACGCUGGCCCCUGAGAGCUUCGUUCUCAGUCAUUCCCAGUCAGUCAUUCCAGGGUCAUUUAAACAUGCACAUGAAAAACCUCGUCGUGUCUUAACUGCCUUUGGCGAUGUAAACUAGCCUGUGUACAGACGCCCCUCUCCCCUGGGGGUGUCUGUACACAGGCUAAUGUAAACUUGAAAUUUUAAAGUCCCUCUCCCUCCUCCCAAGGAUUUUAUUUGAUCUUAAACAAAGGUGUGUUCGCUGCACAGUACGUCAACCGGAUGUGGGUUUCCGCAUUCUUGGGCAGUGGUUUUGCCCAAUUUGCUAUAAAAGAUUAGAAAAAAAGACUUAUCAAUUAAACAUUUGGUAGCAUCGAGGCAUAUUAAAAGGGAAAAGGCCUCGUCUGGUUGACGAAACCUUUGACGCCCAGAAUUUGGUAUCACGCAGCCUCGUUUCGAGGGCUUUGGAGCAGUGAGCCGACAAUCCUCCGAAUUUAUUUCUGAGGGAAGAGCCUGGUUAAGACGAAGUUUCAUGACCAAAGGGUUGUUGACUAAAUCUAACCUUUUUCUCCUUUAUCGACCAAUCACAAAUGACAACCAAAGCCACUUGGUUGCACGUGCUUUCAUGUGCUUGGCUCCCGGAUAAUUAUGUGUUACUACCACCUCUGAUUGGUUCAGUCAUCCCCGGCCUGUUUUUGUUUUGUUCUGAUUGGCUAAAGCAAUACGGUACUACCCCGCAAUUAAGAACCUACUUUUUGAGAACCUGUUAGGCUAAGAUUUGCCAUUUAGUCCCCCUCUAUACGAGAACCUGUUUAGCCCAAAGUUUGGAACAGGCUCUUAUUUUUAUGUAAAACAUAAAUGUGUGACUUUGAAGGAGAACUUUGAAAUUCAUGUGAUCAGUACCUUACUUGUUCUUAUUAUAGCAAUAUUAAAUCAGUUUUUUUGUGCUAAUACCAUUUUUGUAAGAACCUGUUCAGGCCAACUUGGGAAAAUGUAGGUCCUUACUCGCUGAGUAGUUUUGGUGGUUACGCUCUGCUGUGAAAUGUACAGGUACUAUACGCAUUGGCCUAGCAAUGAUUCUAGUGUAACUUACCUUUCUCUCCACAGCUGUUCCAUUAUCGAAACAAGUAUGAUCAAAGGCGAAGAAAAGACAGCGCAGACCAUUCAAGUUUCGAUCCGCUCGAAAAUGGAAAACGCAGAUGACGAAACCAAAAAAUACCAAGAUUCCUGCUCUGGGAAAAUGCGACGGCAGGGAUCAGUGAAAAAACUUGAUUUAAAGAAAGUUGCUGAGCUCUUACGGGAAGUUUUAAUUGAUGAGAAACCUCAUUUCAGAUAUCAACUUAGUAAGUCCUCAAAAGAUGCGGCCAGAGAGAAAUGGACCGAUGUCCAUGGAGACUCUAACAUUUUUGACGCGGCUGAAAAAUAUUUAUGUAUAGAAACGGACCGCUUGAGGGAAGUCUUGGAUAACUUGAACAAUGUUGAAACAAACAUAUAAUGUGUAAUUUGACUUUAAAAUCUCGGAGACAGAGAAAGUGGUUUUAGCCUAUAGCUUCCCUCUGCUUUUUUGGGGUCUUUAAUACAGGCUGGAAGAGUGAGCCGUUCAGUUUCUCUCAAAAUCGGGCAUCAUAGGUGCAAACACUAUUUCAAUGAAAAUGAGGAGAUGAAAGGCAACAAUUCUAAAUGCCUAUUUUAUGGAGGUCUGUCCAUUAAGAAGUUGUUAACGCUAUUCGACCUCAAAGAAGAAACUGUCAGGACAAUUUACAUUUUAAAUGCUGCCAGGCUUGUGACAGGCUGAAAUUGAUAUUUCAUGUCCUCAAAGGGCGGACAAUCCAACCCUCAAGUCAUAUUCUUCUAUUCAAGUUCCUUGCAAUUGGACAAUUUUUUUUCCAUUCUUUUGCUGGUUUCGUAGAUUAUUUAAUGCUUCACAUUGUCAUAUUGCGCUUGGAUGUAUGACUACGUACCAGACCUCUUCGGCUUUUCCAGACGUUCGUUCUUGCAGAAACGGCCUAAUUUCAAACUCAGGAGGGUUGGGUACGAGUGCGUGUGUUAAAACAACGCAAGACCCAGAUGGUC